AUGGAAGUCGGCAAGGUAGAAUCAAUUAGCACAUUGAGCGAGCAUGAGAACGAUCUCGAUGAUUUCGAAGGAUCGAUUGUUUGGUCCCAAGACGAGCCGUUAUCCUCGAACGAGGUUUUAGAGUUGAUUCCCGAUACCGACAGACAAUGUCAUUUCAAGUCUCUCUGUCGUUUGUGCGCAGGGGAGACCUCCAAUCCGAUUUACAUUUAUUCCGAGUUCGGAGAAUCGUUGAGACUCCUGGAUAAGAUAAAUACGUGUCUAAGCAUCAAGGUGAAGAAAACGGAUCCCCUUCCGAAACAGCUCUGUCCAACCUGCGUGGAGAAGAUUACAUGGUGUAACGAGUUCGACGCUGAAUGUAUCAGAGCAGAAGAGACUCUUCUCGAGAUUCUUAAGCGGAAACAUUCCUUUGUGAAUACCAAUAACGAUGGGAACGCAUUGGAGGACACCGAUUCCUGCCCCCUGUGCGUCGAGGGACGAAUGAGGAUCUACGAAGAGGACGUAGAAAAUCGAAAGGAUGCUGAUUUAUACGACAGCGACAUCGUUCUCGAAAGCAGUGACGAGGAACAAAUUCCAAGCGAGCUCAGAGCCGACGAGGAACCCCAAGGCGACGCCAUAACGCUCUUCUGUUUGGGUACCAAGCAGAAAUAUCUGAAAUGUGGCGCCUGCAUGAAUCUUUACCACACCAAGGAGACACUGGACGAGCACAAAUGCAAGCCGAACUUGCAGUGCACGUCCAGGCCGUAUAAAUGCGACGUUUGCUUCGCGACGUUCACGUUCGAGGAACGAUUGCAGUUCCAUCAGCUGUUUCACAACGACGCGAAAGCAUUGUACUGUGAGACAUGCAAGAUCACUUUCGGGAAGGAACUGAAAUUGUUCUAUCAUUACAAAAGAUACCAUUGUAAAGAUGGCAGAGUGUCCUGCUUGCAAUGCGGGAAAUUGUUCGAAAACCAGGAAGGAUUGAAGAAACAUGUUUGUGUGGAUGGCAAGACGAGGCCUCAUGUCUGCGAGGUGUGCUCCAAGGGAUUCUGCGAUGGGUAUACCUUGAAGCGUCACGUGGUAACCCAUCUUCCAGAGAAGCCGUACAAAUGUCCUGAAUGUUCGAAGAGUUUCACUCAGAAGUCAAGGUUGAAUAAACACGUAGCUGGUCAUAGUAUCAUCCUAGAGAAUAAUCAAACAGUUUGGAGAUGCGUUCGUUGCGGAGAAGCAUUUGGAAGUUGCGAGAUCGCGGACGAGCACUGCAAGAAGCACGACGAGAAGAUCAGUCUCAUCGAAGAGCUGCAAGUGUUGAAACUGUAUCAUUGCGAGUUCUGCAGCAGCCAUUAUGCGGACAGGGAUCAUCUGAAGGUUCAUCGCGAGUUGCACGUGAUUGAAAAACCGUACUCCUGCAACCACUGCGAAUCUUGGUUCAAAUCGUUCGCAGAGGCUGUUCUGCAUUGGAAGGAACACCCGAGGAUAUUCAAGGUUCUGGUAGUAUUUCUGUGCGAUAUCUGUGACAGGGACGUGAAAGAAUUGUCCCUGCUCUACAAGCACAAACAGAAAAGGCAUCAGCCCCUGUCCAGAAGAUCCGAGAAGGGCGAAGAGAAGUUCGUAUGUGAGUUAUGUGGCAGCAUUUUCAUGAGCAUCGAGCAGUUCCAGGAGCACGGGAAGUACAGAUGCUCGAAAUUUCCCUGUGAUAUAUGUGGAAGUCUGUUGCCCACUGCGAAUUCCUUGAACGCCCACAAACGGCGACACAGUGGGCUCAGGCCGUAUGUUUGCAAUAUUUGUGGGAAGAGUUACACCCAGUCGAGCCACAUGUGGACCCACAAACGGUUUCACAUGGGCGUGAAACCGUACGCCUGCGAAUACUGCGAUCAGAGAUUCACAAUUAAGCCUGAUCUAGCUGAUCACACCAGGAAGAAGCAUACCAGAGAACGACCGUUUAAAUGCGACGUCUGCAACAAAGCUUUCCUGACUGGUUCUGUCUUCUAUCAGCACAGACUGAUACACAGAGGGGAUCGUAGGUAUAAGUGUCACUAUUGCGAGAAAGCGUUCACCAGAACGGAAGCUUUGAAUAAUCACAUAAAGAUUCACACCGGCGAGAAACCGCACGCCUGCGACGUUUGUGGGAGAUGCUUCAGGCAAAAGGGAGACAUGAGGAAGCACAGGCGUACGCAGCACACUGCCAAACAGAACACGAAGUAA